UGUUCUCAACUUGCCUACCUGGUUAAAUAAAGGUAAAAUAAAUAAAAUAAAUAAAUACAUUUUGUUACGUUACAGCCUUAUUCUAAAAUGUAUUUAAAUAAUUUUUCCCUCUCAAUCUACACACCCCAUAAUAACAAAGCAAAAACGUUUUUUUUAUUUUUUAUUCUGACAAAUGUAUUCAAAAUAAACAUAUCACAUUUACAUAAGUGUUCUGACCCUUUACGCAGUACAUUGAAGUACCUUUGGCAGUGAUUACAGCCUCGAGUCUUGAGUAUGAUGCUACAAGCUUGGCACACCUGUUUGGGGAGUUUCUUCCAUUUGUCUCUGCAUUUGUCUCAAGUUCUGUCAAGUUGUUCGAUCAGGUUCAAGUCCGGGUCACUCAAGGACAUUCAGAGACUUGUCCCGAAGCCACUUCUGCGUUAUUUUGGCUGUGGCUUAGGGUCAUUGUCCUGUUGGAAGGUGAACCUUCAUCCCAGUCUGAGAUCCUGAGCGAUCUGGAGCAGGUUUUCAUCAAGGGUCUCUUUGUACUUUGCUCUGUUCAUCUUUCCCUCAAUCCUGACUAGUCUCCCAGUCCUUGCCGCUGAAAAACAUCCCAACUGCAUGAUGCUGCCACCCUGCUUCACCGUAGGGAUGGUUCCAGGUUUCCUCCAGACGAGACACUUGGCAUUCAGGCCUAAGAGUUCAAUCUUGGUUUCUCCAAGCAGGCUGUCAUGUGCUUCCGUCUGGCCACUCUACCAUAAAGGCCUGAUUGGUGGAGUGCAGUAGAGAUGGUUGUCCUUCUGUUUUCGCUUUGUCAUUAUAGGGUAUUGUGUGUGGGUUGGGUUGGGGCAAUUUAAUACAUUUUUAGAAUAAGGCUGUAAUGUAACAGAAUGCCAAAAAAGUCAAGGUUUCUGAAUACUUUCUGGAUGCACUGUACAUCUGAAUGAUACAUAUUCUUUAUUCACUUACUGUGUAGACUUUAGGGGUCACCAUACUCCUACAAUAUAGCCUACUGCUUAAAUUCCUCUGGUAAUUCCGUUUUAAUGUAUGUUUAGAUUAUGUGGAUGUGUUAGAUGAUUCAUUUUGUACUGCAUAGCAGCAUACCCCAACAAGUCCUCUCGAGUUUCAGGGCGUGCCGGCUAAUGUUAUAGGCCAUCACUAAAACAACUGAUUAAACUACCAUGAACCUUGAUUAAAGUUUCAAAGUUUAUUCACAAUGUGCACAGGAUAGAGUCCGUGUGGAUACUCUGAGAGGGAGAUUUUUUUUCAGAGUUAGUAGUUAGCCAUUAACAAUUUUAUGGCGAGGGGAUAAGCACUGUUUAGGAGUCUGUCUGAGCCUUGAUGCACCAGUACGGCCUGCCGGAUGGUAGCAUGUAGAACAGUCCAUGUAUUGGGUGGCUGGAGUUGAAUAAGGUAUGCUAAUGCUGGGUCAGCUGACAAACUAGCUCUCUGGAUUUGUGAUCACUGGAGCGGCAGGUAGCCUAGUGGUUAGAACGUUGAGCAAGUAACCAAAAGGUUCUGCCCCUAAACAAGGCAGUUAACCAACUGUUCAUAGGCUGUCAUUGUAAAUAAGAAUCUGUUCUUAACUGACUUGCCUAGUUAAAUAAAAUAAAAAAUCACUGCUAUAAAGUGUUUCAUACCUUUUAAUUGAUAUUGAGGACAUAAACGUUUAACUCUGGAAAUGUGUUUCCCGGUGGCUCAGAAUCUAUGGCCUUCAAAUUCAAAUCUGGACCUUGAAGCCAGUUCCACAGUUUUUUCCCCCUUUCUAAUCAGGGAAGGGUUUAGAACUGGGACACUAAGGUGUGUGCAAUUAAUUAUCGGGUAUAACAGAAGUCUGAACCUCAUAGGGAAAGAUCUGAAUACCCCUGCUCUGUAGCUUUCAGAAUCUAUUGCUUUUGAUUUCUUUCUCUUUUUGAGGUGAUGUCUGGCCCCCAGGUGGCUCUGGUCACUGGUUCCACGUGGGGCCUGGGGUUAGCCAUAGUGCAGGCACUGUGCCAGGGCUUUAAAUGGGAUGUGUAUCUGAGCGCCUGGGACGUCCAGAGGGGAGCCGUGGUUGUGGAGGAUCUGCAGAGGGAGGGACUCAAGCCCAGACUCCUCCAACUGGACAUUACAGACCUGGCCAACAUCCUGGCGGCAUGGCAGCAUUUCAUGAAGGAGUACGGGGGUAUGGAUGUGCUAAUCAACAACACACGCAUCGCCCCAAGAAGCCCUGCAGAAAUGACAUCGCAGAGGAGGAGCUAGUGGCUCUGAUGAAGUGCUUUGUUGCCGAGGCCAAAGCUGGAGACCACGUCAGCAAGAGCUGGCCAAAUUCUGGCUAUGGGUUGUCCAAAAUAGGCCUGAUGGCUCUUAGAGACACCCCAGAGAGGAUCCAGCUAAACCCCUGCUGCCCGGGCUGACAUUACCUAUACCAACGGGACUAGGACUCCCACGGAGGGGUUGGACACACCUGUACACCUUAUUACAGGUGCAGUGAAAUAUGUUGUUUUACUGGGACAGCCAUGGUAGUAUGGUGCAAAUUAUAGAUGUUUCACCUUGUUGGCUCAAGUAUUCAAACCAGUGACCUUACUUACUGGGCCAACGCUCUAACCACUCUAGGCUCCUUGCCACCCUACAUUAAACCACCAUGUUAAUGUGUCUCAUUUGUUUACAGGGCCAGAGGAUAGGUUGUGUACUGAAUAGCUAGUAUUGUCUUUGAUUAAACAAGUCACUUCAUUGUCUCAAAAAGGACUGUUCAAUGUAAUACAUGAUUAUUAAAUAACAAAGAAACAGAUA